UCUGAUAUUCCAGGAUUGCUGAAUUGUUGUUGAUUUAUUUGAAAUAUAUUUUGACUGUGAAUAAAAUUGACAAUUUGUUAUUAUCUGAUUGCUAGAACUGUCAACUGUGUUUGACAGUGAACAUUAUUUGAACUACUCGGUUAACCCUACUUUUCUUUUCUGGUUUUUGAAUUAUUUUCUUGCUGAAAUUGUCAACUGCGUUUGACAUUGAAUAUUUUUUGAGCUGGGUUUAUGAUUUAGUUUCUUCUGGAAAUUGUCAACUGUCUGACAUUGGAAAAUCUUUUUUUGAGAAUCAUAAUAAAUUUAAACCAACUUGUUUUCUGAAAGUUUUCUCAUUUUUGAUUUUCUUUGACUGUAUCAAACAAUAAUUCAAACUUGAAUAGAUUCUGUUGUCAACUUGUAAUUUUUCAGCAUUGUUGUCUAUUAGUGUUAUUUUUGUGCGAGGGAUAAGGGAAAAAUAAGGACUGUUACCGGGAAUAGUGAAGUUGGGGAAAGUGUUCGGACUUCAACGGUUAAUAAGAAGAGGACAGUGUCGAAUAACUUCGAUAGAUUUCCAAUCGAUUGUUUGAGUUUGGACUUCAACGAUUCAAUCACUUAACCUCAACAUGGAUGUGAAUCGACUAUUGAAUGAUGAGCUGACUUAUGAAUUACAGCUGAGAGGACAAAUAAUACCCAGCACAGUAAUGCUAAAGAGAAGUCUAUUACGACAGGUAUUGAAAUUAAAUUUGCCUCUACAGCCGACAGGAAUGAACCCGACACUGGACAUGGAGUCCUGUCAGAAUAAACUCACCGACUUGCUGGAAGCCAUUAAACACUUUGACACUGGGAACACCACAAAUGAAUAUACUCGGAUUUCAACAAGAUUGAUACACAUUCAGAGAAGACUGAAUUUUAUUAUCACUGAAAAUGAAACCGAGUCACAGAUGAUAGAACAAUUAAAGGAGACUGCAGCUCGGGCCUUGAGGUCAUUGGAGGCACUAGUGACUGCAGACAGACCGCAGCCAUCGAAUCAUCCGGAUGGAUCGCUUUUGGAUGUAGAGAUCCCACAGUCGCCGGGGAUGUCUCCCAUACAGCCAACCAAGGUUGCACCACUGGAGACAUCGUUGAUAACAUUGGACGCUGAUGAUCAGCCACUACCACAGGUUCCAAUUCCCCAGGCUGCGACACCUAAAAAUAAAUCAAAAUUAGCACAGGUCCUGAAUGAAACUAGACAGGAAUGUGAAGAUUUACUACAGCAUUUACCAACAAUGCCAGUUUCUCAACCACAGAGGCAGAAUGUGGAACAACAAGAGGGGCCAACUCAUAGUAGGUGGACGAGCUCUAUGAGAAGGGUGUCAUUCCCCCAUCCGACGGAAUCGAUAAUAGAUUUGAACCCCCGACAUGACCCCCAAGUGAAGUCAACACCGACUGCAACGGUACCCAUUCAUAAAUGGAAUAUUUAUUUUGAUGGCACUGAUAGCGUAACCGGAUUUAUAGAGGAGAUAGAGAGACUGGCUGAAUCCCGGAAGACAUCCUUAGAGCAUGUGUUCGAAUCGAUUUACGAACUUUUACGAAAGGAUGCCAAGGAUUGGUUCAUCCCCCGGAGGGGACUUUUCAGAAACUGGGAUGAUUUCAAAAAUCAAUUAAAGGAAGCAUUCUUACCAGUCAAUUAUGAAGAGAACCUACUGGAUGAAAUCAAGAAGAGGAUGCAAGGCCCUGAUGAAAAGCUAUUGUUGUAUGUUACCCGGAUGCAAAAUCUGUUCCAGAAACUGACUUGCAAUCGUCCCACGGAGAGUGAACAGAUUCGACUGAUAAGACAGAGGUUAUUGCCAUCACUGCAACAGGCUUUGGCCUUUCAAGAGACCACCACGUAUGAUGAACUCCUGAAAAAGGGAAAAGUUUUUGAAAUGGUUCAAUGGCAGAUGGGACAUUAUACCAAACCACCGGUUAAACCCAGCCUCAUCGAUGAACCACAUCUAACAUAUCAUCAACGUCGUCAACAGGACUACCCGGCCAACCUCUCUGCAAUUUCGGAGAAUACUAGACAACGAAACCACAGUACUCGUCAGGAAGCUCCCACACCAUCUCCAUCUUCGAAAAAGGGCCCGUCAAGACCGCUAACCACAGCCAGAAGGAUAGAAGACUGGAAUUGCUCAGUAUCCCCUGGACCAGAUCGUCCCCAUCUGCCCUCGAGGCCACCGGAAUACUCGACCAACAGAACAGGAAAUGCCAACACCUCCCAGGAUCGGAAUGGAUCACCACCGGAGCGAAGAGUGUCCUCCCAGACACAAUGCUUCAGAUGCGGGGGAUAUGGCCACCUACGUCGAGACUGCCGAGGGACACCGAAAAUGUUUUGCUCCCGAUGUCAACGAGAAAAUAUCCUCUCACGAGACUGCCCAUGUCCUCAAAACCGGAGAGGAACUACACCGUCAACUUCAGCGGGACUCCUAACUACAGUAAUUCCUAUCGUUAGCAACGACAGCUGGCCUCUGGUAGAAGUGCACAUUGAGGGAAAGUUAUUCCAUGCAUUGAUAGACACUGGCGCGGCAAAGAGCUGCUGUAGUCAGAGGGUGGCCCAGCUGUGUGAAAUAAAUGGAAUCAAGGGAGAAAAAUCAACGACUGAAGCUGUCAUGGUAGCAAAUGGACAAACUACAGCCAUACCGAAGAUGUAUCACCUUGGAAUGGUGAUAGCCGAUUAUGCCCUGAAGAACAUAGAAUUCUUACUUGUACCCAACUUACCAGUCGACUUAAUCCUGGGAAUAGAGAUGCUGAAGACAUACAACUUCUCCCUGGAUAUCAAGAAUACAGAAUGUUAUCUAGAAGGACGACGGAUCCCCAGAGCUAAACAGGUUUGCCAAGAGGUCAUAGAGGUGCAGACUCCCGAAAAACACCUCCAGAAUCGAAGAGGAUCCCACAACAAACCUGUUGACAGCCUGGCGAGAAAUCCAUUACCGACACUUAACUGUGUACAACUGAAAGAGACAGGUAUUCAAUGUAAGUGGUAUAAAAAUAAGUUUCAGGGAGUAGAGAAAGGACCAGAGCACUGCCCCGAGUAUUCCAUCAUCAAUGGAAGAUUGCACCGACACUUUUGGGAUUCAUCAGAUGCCAGGGAAGCUGGAACAGGCCACCCAUGGAAGCUGUGUAUACCCACCGAACAGAGGACCAAAGUACUGAAAGAAAACCACGACUCAGCCUUGGCUGGACAUCUGGGAAUAGCUAAGAUGAUUGCGAAGAUCUCGUGGAAUUAUUACUGGCCAGGUAUGUUUAGGGACAUUGCGAAAUAUGUCCGGAACUGCACUUCGUGCCAAAAGUUCAAAGUACCCCAACAGCAACUGGCAGGAAAGAUGCAACCUCGAAAGAUGGUGGAUGCGCCGUUCAAGGAAGUACCGGUGUUAAGGAGGAGAACAACGACGGAGAUGCGGAUGCCCAGAACCCCCCAGAGCUCGGUAUCGUCAGUGCAAGGGAGAAACACCCUAGCAAGAGUGGAGAGGGUGGUGAAACGGACCACUACACAGUCUACACAAACACCCCCUUUGUGCCAGCUGCGUACCAAUCAAACCACACCGGCCCCCAGGAGCGUUCGUAUUGUAGGUACGAUGGGAAAUAAAGUGUACCUAGAGGUUAGGCCCAACACUUGCUGGAAGUGCGGCAAGACAUGUCCCUCGCGGCAGGAGUGUCGAGGUCGACCACUCCUAUUCUGCAGCAGAUGUGGUUUGAUAGGUACGCAGACCAGGUACUGCGAGUGCGUACCCAGGAAACUGGCCCCACGGCCGCCAGCAACUAGGUCGGAACAACCAGCCAGGCGUCCAUGUGCAAGAUGCACAGAAAGGGAGGCCAUGCAGCGGAGAGAAGAGAGGACUACUCACCAGAAAAUGAGAUAGAAAAAAGAUGAUGGGGAAAAUAUAACAAAUAAAAAAAAGAAGAUACCGGUGUUUUUGUUUCCUAACCCUGUAAACUGUGUAAAGCAAUAUAGGGCCUAACCCGAUAUCUUAUAACAUUAUAUUCAAGAUUAGUAGACUGAUUUUUUUUUAAACUGUGUAAAUGUUGAUGAUACCGAAUAGUACAUAAUAAGUCAGUGAAUAUUAUGCAAUAAAAACAAUUCCAGUCACUUGCCCCGAAUUUCAAAGGCCGUCAGAUAUAAAUUAGUAGUUUCACUGUGUAAUCAAUUUGAAGAAUGCCAUUUCUAAUCUCUUACUGUUCUGAUAAAUAACUGAAAUAUUCCACAGUGUUACAGAUGAAGUUUUCUAAGAGGCUAGAUACUCACC